GUUUACAAUCGUAUGGCCGAUAGAAAAGGUGAGGUUUAAUUGUUAAAUCAAUGUUGCAAUCAUUCAAACCAUGGGAAGUUUAGAGGAUGCCAUCGUCACCGGUUUUAUUUGCCGAUUGUGCUCAAAACAGAAACGUUCGGUAGUUUUCAUCUUCGGAGUAAGAGGCACCAAGCUAGAUCUGGUGAACAAAAUCAACAACUAUCUCCCGAUACAGAUCAAUGCCGAUGAUGAUCUUCCCAAGACAAUUUGUGAACCGUGCUUGGAAAAGAUUCUACAGCAUCAUCAAAUGAUCGAACGGCUCCAACAGGCCCAGAAACGAUUCUUGCUAAUGCGCAACGAAGAAACGCACCAAACAACCGUUGCUCCAAGGAAGGAUAUACCAGUGGUAUCUGAAUCAGCACACAGCUCCAAAACUACGAACGAUAAUCCAAACGAUCCAGCUGCAGAACUACUAAAAGAAACUCCCAGUAUCGCUACCAUCAAUCAACAGAAUGAUACUGGCAGCAGUGAGAUCAGUAAAGCCAUUAAACGUUUGAGGGCCGAUCAACAAAACGGAGAGGCAGGUAGCGAUGAUGCGGAACCGUAUGUUUCGGAUGCGAAUUCUUUAGGUCCUACUGAACCAUCGCCUGCAAAGGCUCCAUUAGCUCGGUUGGGAUCAGUUCGUAAAAGGAAAAACCAUUCACGUACAGCGAAAAUAGUGAGAACGCGGCUGAAAUGAAAACCCUAAAAAAAGUAGGUUUAAGUGUGCAUAAGUCCAUAAAUAUUCUCAAUAAAAAAUAGA